AUGCGGGCUUGGCUCAACUUAUUAAGCUAUUUUUCAUUGCAUAUUUUCAUAACGGCGGCGGCGACCAUAGAAGCAUUUUUCGCGGACGAGCGGCAGCUGCUGGAAGCGGGGCGUCAUCACCAGGAGGCGGAGUGGCAGCGUCGGUGGGAGGUGCGCCGGCAGCAGGGGUGGGAGCAGCUUGCGCUGCGGCGGGAGAUGCGGGAGGAGGGGCAGCGUCAGGAUGAAAUAAGGGAAAUGAGGCGGCUCCUCCAUGGCGCGGCGCUCUCGCUGCUGCUUCUUGCGGCGGUUGCCCACGCUCAACAGACGGCGAGGACCGAUCCAGGCGACGCGGCGGCGCUGAAAGCGGUGUUCGCCAAGCUCCGCCUGCCUUUGUUCGCAUGGGACAUGAGCGUCGACCCCUGCACCGGCCAAGCCACGGACAACACCGGCAUAGACAGCAUUCCGCCCAUCAACCCGGGCAUCAAGUGCGAACUCUGCACCGGCACCGGCAAUACCUCCGUCUGCCGCAUCACCAGCCUGAAAAUAUACGCCUUGGACGCAGUCGGACCGAUACCGAAAGAGCUGUGGAAGCUCACUGCACUGACUAAUCUUGAUUUGGGGAAGAAUUACUUAACAGGGCCUUUGUCGUCGCUCGUUGGGGAGUUGACUGCGAUGCAGUACAUGUCUCUUGGAAUCAACGCGUUAUCUGGAUCUCUACCAAAGGAGCUGGGGAACCUUACUAAUCUUGUAUCACUAAGCAUUAGCUCAAACAAUUUUGGUGGCUCGCUUCCUCCGGAGCUGGGAAACCUAGCAAAACUUGAGCAGCUGUACAUUGACAGUGCUGGCUUUACUGGUCCACUACCAUCAUCACUUUCCAAGCUCACAAAUAUGAGAACACUGUGGGCUUCAGAUAAUGAUUUUACCGGGCUAAUACCUGAUUAUAUUGGGAGCUGGACUAAUUUAACAGAGCUGAGAUUUCAAGGCAAUUCUUUUCAAGGUCCGCUUCCAGCUACCCUUUCCAAUCUUGGUCAAUUGACAAGCUUACGAAUCGGUGACAUAGUAAAUGGAAGUUCUUCUUCAUUGGCAUUCCUCACUAAUAUGACAUCUUUGACCACCCUGGUUUUGAGAAACUGUAGGAUAUCUGAUAAGCUUGUGUCAAUAGACUUUUCAAACUUCACAAGAUUAGGUUUAUUGGAUUUGAGUUUCAACAAUAUCACAGGCCAAGUACCACAAACUUUGUUAAACCUGAGCUCACUCAUCUUCUUAUUUCUUGGGGACAAUAGCCUUUCCGGAAACCUUCCAAGCUCUAUAGGAUCUUCACUUAAAAAUUUAGAUUUUUCUUACAAUCAGUUAUCAGGAAGUGUUCCUUCUUGGACUAAAAAAUCACAGUUGAAUCUGGUGAGUAACAAUUUCAAUGUGGAUAGUUCCAGCACCAGUAUCUUUCCUACGGAUUGGACGUGCCUUCAGCGUGAUACACCAUGCUUUCUUGGUUUUCCACUGUCUUCUUCCUUUGCUGUGGACUCUGGUAGUGUUCGAUCCAUAGCAGGCUCAGAUGGUCCUAUCUAUGAACCUGAUUAUGCCAGUCUUGGACCUGCAUCAUAUUAUUUUACAGGACCACCAACAUGGGGUGUUAGCAAUGUCGGAAGUUUCAUGGAUGCAUCAAAUGGAAGUUAUAUAAUCUACAGUUCGCAGCGGUUUCAGAAUACACUUGAUACGGAACUGCUCCAGGAUGCAAGGAUGUCGCCAUCAUCUUUAAGAUACUUUGGUAUUGGACUUGAGAAUGGAAACUAUACAGUUACACUUCAAUUUGCAGAGUUUGACUUCCCAGACACUCAAUCUUGGAAGAACCGAGGUAGAAGGGUUUUCGAUAUAUAUGUUCAGGGUGAGCGUAAGGAGCAGAACUUCGACAUAAAGAAGGCGGCAGGAGGGAAAUCUUACACUGCAGUUAGGAAGCAGUACACUGUUCCUGUUACCAAGAACUUUCUUGAGAUUCAUCUCUUCUGGGCUGGCAAGGGCACUUGCUGCAUUCCUAAUGAAGGAUACUACGGACCUGCAAUAUCAGCUUUGAGUGCAACACCAAGUACUCCCCUUAACUUCAAAUAA